AAAUCAGAAGUUGUCCGAGUAGACACGCAGGUGGCGGGAGUUGCGCAUCUGAUGAGGGAAAUUGGAUCGACAAUCCGGCUGAGAUUCAAUUUUUAAGCACGUACCUCUAAUUCAUCAUUCCGGUUUAGAGUAAUUUGACUGCAUUUAAAGAAUCCCUAUCGGGAUGGCCACCAAAAGGCCAGCCGAGGGCGAGGCGUCCAGCGCCCAACCCCCUUAUAAAAAAGUUCAGUUUGAAGCUUUUCGUAUCGGCCCUGUUUCAACUCUAGAAGAAAUGGAUUUAAAAGUUCUACAAUUUAAAAAUAAAAAAUUGGCACAAAGACUAGAACAGAGGCAGAGAACAGAGUCUGAACUUAGGCAAAGGAUAGAACAGCUUGAAAAGCGCCAAACACAAGACGAUGCAGUGCUUAAUGUUGUAAAUAGAUACUGGAACCAAUUGAAUGAAGAUAUUAGAGUUUUACUGCAAAGAUUUGACGCAGAAACAGCUGAUGAGUCGGAAAACAAAAAUGAGAACGAGGCAACUACUUCAUUCUUAAUGCAAUUGUCUUCAUGGGACAAAGAAGAGCUUGAUGAGAAACUAGCCAAUCGCGUGCAGGUGUCCAAAAGGGCAGUUGCCAAGGUUAUUCAAGCGUUUGAUAGGCUGAUGCAACGGAAUGAAAAAAUUACAAUGGCAUUAAAGGGUGAUUUGGAAGGAGAGGAAGCCCCUUCAUUAGAUGAGACAAUUAGGCAAACAAACAUUGAACUGCAGGCAGAAAACCUUAGGCUCCAAUCUUUACAUACUCAGUUGCAUGAAAAAUAUCAUGCACUCAGUCUGAAAGCAGCCGAACACCAAGAUAUGAUCACUGGCAAGGAGACCGAAGCUGCUGAACUGCGGAACCAAGUUGAAGAGUUGCAGUAUGACCUCUCCAAAGUCACCCAGCAAAAUUACAAACUUGAGCACCACUUGGCUGAGACCCUGGAGCAGAUUAAAAACUUUGAGCACACCAUUGAGGAGGAAAAACAGCCAGUUAAAACAGUCUCGAGCGUCUCACAGAAGAAGCUGGAUGAAAUUCAGAAAGAGUGUGAAGAACAAAGAGAGCUAUCUAACAACCGUCUGCAAGAGCUUGACCGUCUUCACCAACAGCAUCGUGAUGCUCUCAAAGAGGUGGAGAAACUGAAAAUGGAUAUCCGCCAGUUGCCUGAAUCUGUGAUAGUCGAAACAACGGAAUACAAAUGCCUACAGUCACAAUUUUCUGUCCUGUACAAUGAAUCAAUGCAGUUGAAGACUCUCUUGGACGAAGCGAGACAGCAACUGCAGAACAGCAAGAACGCUCAUCUCCGUCAAAUAGAGCAGAUGGAGCUGGAUGAACUUGCUGCGCAGAAAAAACUGAGGACCGAGUUGAUACAACAUGAGGACAUGCUUGCUCAGGUUAGGAAGGAGUAUGAAAUGCUCCGCAUAGAGUUCGAGACAAACGUCGCUGCCAAUGAGCAGACAGGCCCCAUCAACAGAGAGAUGCGACACCUGAUAACCUCUCUACAAAGUCACAACACUCAGUUGAAAACUGAAUCUGGUCGUUACAAGCGGAAAUUUAAAGACACCAUGAUAGAAAUUGGGAAGCUCAAGAAGGAGGUCGAAGACCUGCAAUCAAAGCAACCCGCUCCAGUGGAAACCAAGGAAACAAAUAACGUUGAGGCUCCCGUCAAAGAAGAGGCUCCAAGCACUCCAGUAACUCCUGCUCCAGUGGUGCAGAUCAAGGAGGAGCCUGUUGCUCUCAAGGAAAACGAAGAUGAUGUUGAGGAUGAGGAGGGCGAUGCUGCCAGCACGAGCAGUGACAAGGAGAAACCAGGCAUUAAAAAGGAGAUCAAGAAGGAGAAGGGUUCGACGCCAACUCCAGCGGCAUCCACUACCCCUCCCAAUACUGAGGUCAAAAAAGAAGUCAAAACGGAGAAAGAUGCCAAGGACGCCAAAGCCAAGGAAGCCAAAAAUGCCGAGUCUGAACUUGUCCGUGAUUUGAAGGCACAGCUAAAGAAAGCCUCUAACGACCAGAAGGAAAUGAAGCUGCUGUUGGACAUGUACAAGGGAGUCAGCAAAGACCAGAGAGACAAGGUCCAGCUGAUGGCUGCAGAGAAGAAGGCUAGGGCUGAAGUUGACGAGCUGCGCAUGCAGAUGAAAAAGAUGCAGUAUUAUCAAUUGCAGGAAAACAAGCGGGAAGAGCGAAAGCGGAUGGCAGAUGACGACGCCAUGCGCAAGAUCAAGCAGCUGGAAGACCAAAUCGCGAGCUUGCAAAAGCAAGUUGCUUCCCACAAACAGGUAGAUGCCAGUUGGAAGUUGAAUCGCACCAAUCACCACCUGAGGCAAGCUGAAGAGGAAGCUUUGCUCAACGAGAUGGAGGUUACUGGGCAGGCUUACGAGGACAUGCAGGAGCAGAAUUCGAGGCUCAUCCAGCAGCUGCGAGAGAAGGAUGACGCCAACUUUAAACUCAUGUCUGAGAGGAUCAAAUCUAAUCAACUACACAAACUGGCAAGAGAGGAGAAGCAAGUUCUAAAUGAUCAAGUUGCUACUUUAUCAAAUCACGUGGAAGCACAAACUCAGGUGCUUAGAAAACUGGAGGAGAAGGAGAGAUUUAUGCAGAAUUCCCUAGCGACAGCAGAGAAGGAGUUAAAUUUACGGCAACAGGCUAUGGAAAUGCACAAACGGAAAGCUAUAGAGAGUGCCCAAUCUGCAGCUGAUUUGAAAUUACAUUUAGAAAAAUACCACGCUCAAAUGAAAGAGGCGCAGCAAGUGGUUGCUGAGAAAACGGCGGCGCUGGAGGCUGAGGCGUAUAAGACAAAGCGACUACAAGAGGAGAUAGCACAGCUGCGGCGCAAGGUAGAGCGGAUGAAGAAGAUCGAGAUGGCUGGCACUGCGGAUGAGGUGAUGAUGGAGGAGAUUCGCGAGUACAAGGAGACGUUGACGUGUCCCUCGUGCAAGGUGAAGCGCAAGGACGCGGUGCUGAGCAAGUGCUUCCACGUGUUCUGCUAUGACUGCCUGCGCACUCGAUAUGAGACUAGGCAGCGCAAGUGUCCUAAGUGCAAUGCAGCCUUUGGUGCCAACGAUUACCACCGGCUCUACUUGUGCACCUAAAUUCCAAAGUGUGAUUUCUCAAAAUUUGAUUGUGGUCCUUUUGAUGUAGAUUUAAGAUAACUGAAGACAGCUUGACAAAUUGCUCUUGUCAGCUGAAUUAAUUACAACGUUUGACUGUGGAAAAGUAAUGUCACCUCUCUUCCGGAACGCUUUCGCAGUUGUCAAAAAAUGUUGAUUUAUUUGUUUAAAAGUGAAGUAUUAUUUCAAUUCAAUGAUCUGCUGAUAGGGAUUUUUGUAUAACCCUCCCACAUAAGAAAAUUGAGAACACAAUUUCUGACAAAUUUUAGUGCUUCAGUUGCGCUGAAUGCUAGAACUAAUGAGCUUAUCUGCUUUCUUCAUCAAACAAACCAUGUUCUUUUUACAGAACAUAUUAUUCCGUUUAUUUAAAGCCAUUUGCAUAAUUUAAAUGCGACGCCCUAUGGACAUCACAUGUGUGGUGGAAUUGAAGGCUUGGACAACUCGAUUAGUUUUUAAAUAACGCACUGGUUGCAUUUUUAAUGCCUCUCUGAUUUGCAUUGCAAUAUCAUGAAAUUUGAGGUUCGCAUGUCAGUGUAUGGGGUGUAAACUUUAAGGAAAGUUGAUUUGACACUACUUCCUGCAGUGCCAACUCUAUUAUGUUAGGCCAAUACUAUAAUACUUUUAGAUAACUCUUCAAACUGUUAUUAGUGUAUCAGUGAUGGCUAAUUUAUCUCGGUCAUUAAAGUACAGUCAAUGCAUAUACAAA